AUGUCCGUUGCUGAUUAUGUGGCAAAGUUCGAGGAACUAGCAAGGUUUUGUGCCCAAGCAGAGUACGCCCCAAAUGAUCGAUGGAAGAUAAAUCAGUUCGAGUGGGGUUUGAAUCCAGAGAUUAAAAGUAAUUUGGCCCAACUAGAGAUAACUUCUUAUGCCACUUUGUUUCAUAAAAGUUACAUUGUAGAAGAAAGUCUACGAAGUUUAAAGGAGAACAAACAACUCAAGUGGCAACAAAGGAGGGAUGCGCCAAAGAGUAAUCAACAAUUGAAGGUUAAGACGUCCCCUAAUAAAGGAAAACAGCCCCAAAACUCAGUUGUACCUCAAGCGAGGGGGCCAAGGAAAUGUCCUAAGUGUGGAAGAUCACAUCCAGGAGAAUGCUUGUACGGUAAGAACGUAUGCUUUUGGUGCAAGAUAUCGGGACACAUGAGUCAAGAUUGUCCACAAAGGAAGAUGAAAGGGCUAGCCAACUCAAAUGGCCCACCCACUGGAAGAGUCUACACUCUUAAUGCUAAGAAGGCUAAGGGAAACAACGACUUGAUUGCCGAUGAGUGUUUUUUAAAUAAUGAACCUUUAAAAACGGCUGAGAAUAGUGUCGAAAUCUCUUAUGUUUGUAAGAGUUGUCAUCUCAUUGUAUCUGAUAGAGUUUAUCCAAUUGAUUUGUUUUGUCUACCUUUGAAAGGAAUGGAUGCCAUCUUAGGAAUGGAUUGGCUUUCAGGUAAUCGUUGGGGGUCAAGGUUUCUACUAACAUCAUCUUCAGAUUCGGGACCUAAACUUGAUGUCGCUACAAUUCCAGUUGUGAAUGAAUUUUUCGACGUCUUCCCAGAAGAUGUAGUAUGCCUACCUCCAGAGAGGGAGAUAAAGUUCUCCAUAGACCUAGUCCCUGGUGCUAAUCCAAUUUCCAUGACUCCUUAUAGGAUGUCACCUCUAGAGUUAAAAGAACUAAAAUCUCAAUUAGAAGAUCUCUUAACUAAGGGUUUUGUAAGGCUGAGUGUCUCACCAUGGGGUGCUCCAGUUUUGUUAGUUAAGAAGAAAGAUGGAGGAACGAGACUUUGCAUAGAUUAUAUGCAACUCAACAAAGUAACCAUCAAGAACAAGUACCCUAUCCCUAGGAUAGAUGACUUGUUAUACCAACUUGGAGGAGCCACUGUCUUUUCAAAGAUCGACCUUAGAUCAGGAUACCAUCAAAUUCGAAUAAAGUGUGAAGAUGUUCAAAAAACAGCUUUUAGAACACGAUAUGGACACUAUGAAUUUUUAGUUAUGCCAUUUGGUGUAACCAAUGCUCCAGCCGUAUUCAUGGAUUAUAUGAACCGCAUCUUCAGACCUUAUUUGGAUAAGUUUGAAAUCCAGACAGAUGGUAGAACAACUUUCAAACACAAGAAAUCCACAAUUACCAUCCCCGACAACAUCAACAAUGGUAUCAACAUAUGGAUGCAUAAAUGUGUACUCUUUGUAAGUGGACUUGAUGACUGA